AUGCAGAUGCUUGGAAAAGGAAGUGAGAAUAGUGGCUCGGCCAUGGCAGCAGGAAUGGCACACAAUGCAAUCCUUCCUGAAGAUAAGCCUAAGUGGAUAAUUGACACUGGAGCUUCUAAUCGUAUGGUGCAUAGGAUUGAUAUGAUGUUUGACUUAAAACACUUGGGACAAUCUAAAGUAGGGAAAGUGUGUCUACCUAAAGGAGAUUUAGCCACUAUUACAAAGGAGCUGAAGUGUGUAGCUAUGUUCUUUCCUGACUUUUGUAUAUUUCAAGAUCUCUUCGGUGGACAGUUGAAGGGAAUUGGUAAGGAACACUAUGGCUUGUAUGUGCUUACCUCUGGGAGUAUAAUACAAGCAAUUGAUGAUGCACCUACUGCAAGAAACUCAAGUUCUGUUCCAAGAUCUCUCAAUGUAAAUACCACUAAAGUUCCUACUUAUGAUGGGAAGAGAACUGCUCAAGUCACUAGGCAUCACCAUCAAAGCUCUUGUGUUUACACUUCACAACAGAAUGGAGUGGCUGAGAGAAGGCACAGGCAUAAACUCAAUGUAGCGAGAACACUCAGAUUCCAAGCUUCAGUUCCACUCAGAUUCUGGGGAGAGUGUGUUACUACUGCAAUUUAUCUUAUAAACAAGCUGCCUACUUCAAUACUCAAAGGUAAAACACCAUAUGAAGUACUGCAUGGCGCUCCUACUUCUCUCACUCAUUUAAGAGUGUUUGGAUACCUAGGCUAUGUGUCAGAAGUAAGGAGAACUGAUAAAUUUGCUCCUAGAGCUAUUCCAGUAGUUUUCCUUGUGUAUUUUGUGGUUCAAAAGGGAUAUAAGAUGUAUACAAUAUCCUCCAGGGAGUUUACAGUCAGUAGAGAUGUGGUGUUCAAGGAGGAUGUCUAUCCCUUCAAACACACUACCUCUCCUAUAUCAUCAGUGUUGCCUGUUUUAGAAUUUUCCCUUGACACUAACUCUGAAAGCAAUAUAACAGUACCUUAUUAA